AUGACUAUGCGCCUCUACGAAAAGGAAGGAAAUCAAGCAAGUCCCAAAGUCCCCGUGAACAGGAAACAUGCGUCGGAAUGUGUCCGAGCCAAGAACCGUCUCGAGCAGUAUGUACACCCUGCGAGGAUCUCCGAAGGCGUCACUUACAUCGGGCUUGCAACCGGCGCACUCCCCAAACUGGCUCAAGUGCCCGCAAGACCAGUCACCAUCGACCAGGAAAACUGAGCAAAUGGUGUGCCAGUCGCGAACGAAUCCUCAACAACAGACCAGCGAUCUGGCUGAAUGUCGUGGCGGUGUUGGGUGACAUCGCAGCUCAGUGUCUGUUGUGGACGCCAAUCAUUCGUAUGCGCCAAUCGGUCGUAUGAGCCAUGCACGACAAUAGGGGCCUGAGGAAACAGUUUCACAGGCAUAUGUCAGCACAUGUCAGCACAUGGAGGUCGGAGCUGCAGAUUCCAAACUGUCACUGGAUGGAUGAGUUAGGCAAAGCUUGACAUCGCCGCCCCUCCGCAAACAGCUCCCCAAGAGACAGGGAGCUGCAGUGGUGGUUGUAAAAUGUCCUG